UCUGCAACGUCGGAUGAGCGGGGACUUCUUGAGCGACGAGGAGAAUGAGAAGAGAAACGUGCAGUCCUCAGAUGACUCCUUUGAGCCUUACCCUGAGAAGAAGGUUUCUAGCAAGAAAAGCAACAGCAAAGAAGCCAAGAAGGUGAAAGAGCCCAAAAUCAGGAAGAAACCAGGGCCUAAGCCAGGCUGGAAAAAAAAAGUCAAGGGUGAAAGGGAGGAGCUGCCGACCAUUUACAAGUGUCCUUACCAGGGCUGCACGGCUGUCUACAGGGGGGCAGAUGGCAUGAAGAAACACAUCAAAGAGCAUCACGAGGAGGUUCGGGAGAGGCCCUGUCCUCACCCUGGCUGCAACAAGGUGUUCAUGAUCGACCGGUACCUACAGCGGCACGUCAAGCUCAUCCACACAGAGGUACGGAACUACAUCUGUGACGAGUGUGGGCAGACCUUCAAGCAGCGCAAGCACCUCCUGGUCCACCAGAUGCGGCACACGGGAGCCAAGCCCCUCCAGUGUGAGAUCUGCGGGUUCCAGUGCAGGCAGCGAGCGUCGCUCAAGUACCACAUGACCAAACACAAAGCUGAGACAGAGCUGGAGUUUGCCUGUGACCAGUGUGGGAAGCGCUUCGAGAAGGCCCAUAACCUUAACGUCCACAUGUCCAUGGUGCACCUGCUGACCCAGACUCAGGACAAAGCCAAGCCACUGGAGCCAGAGUCCCUUCUCCUCAUAAAUCCUUCAGGGACUUCCGAGAGCCAGGCGGUAAAGCCAGAAGUGACUGCAGAGCAGGAGCCCACCUGAGGGGCCGGGGAAGCAGCUGUCCCAGUGCAGCCCCAUAGAAACCACAGGGCAGAGUGGAGAGGUUUAAUCUACAGUUUAGUCUCCCAAAGAACUCAGUGGAAUUAGCUUCAGCUUGCUCAGAAAAAGCUUGUUCAUGCUGUGAUUCUCCAUGCUCACGUCCAGGUCCAGCGGUGUCGUACUAAGAGUCUGUCUAACCCUGGGGGGGGUGGCCAGCAGCACCCCUCGUGGUCCCCCUGCUCCCCACGCACACGGUUGUAGGUCACAACCGUUCCCUGCCCGCACGAGCUGCUGCCUCUC